GUGAAAAAAAAAAAAAGAAAAACACGUAUCUUGUGCUGCGGACUGAGGUUGACUCAUGUGACUGACUGUCACAUGACGCCGUGUUGUAGUCAGACUCAGUCUGCUGCUCUUCACUGAACCAGGAUCUGGUGGUGUUGGAUUUUUUUUUCCUCCAAUAAUAUACUGUAAGGGACAUAUCACAAGAUGGACAUCCGCGGGGCUGUGGACGCUGCAGUCCCCACCAACAUCAUUGCUGCAAAGGCUGCAGAGGUUCGGGCCAAUCUGGUCAACUGGCAGUCCUAUCUCCAGAGUCAGAUGAUCUCAGCAGAGGACUGUGAGUUCAUCAAGAAGUUUGAGGUGGCCAACACUGAGGAGAAGCAGGUCAUUCUGACUAACGAAGGGCAUCAGUGCGCAAAGACAUUCCUGAACCUGAUGGCUCACAUCUCCAAGGAACAGACAGUCCAGUACAUCCUGACUCUGAUUGAUGACACUCUGCAGGAGAAUCAUCAGAGGGUGAACAUCUUCUUUGACUACGCCAAAAAGACUAAGAACACCGCCUGGUCCUACUUCCUCCCAAUGCUGAAUCGUCAGGACCUCUUUACUGUCCACAUGGCAGCGAGGAUCAUCGCUAAGCUGGCUGCCUGGGGCCGGGACCUGAUGGAGGGAAGCGAUCUCAACUACUACUUCAACUGGAUCAAAAGCCAGCUCAGUUCACAGAAUCUACAUGGUACAGGUCCAGAAACAGGAGCGGGAACUAUUUCUCCCAGCGAAAGCUCUCAGUACGUCCAGUGUGUGGCCGGCUGCCUUCAGCUGAUGUUGAGGGUCAAUGAGUAUAGGUUUGCCUGGGUGGAGGCUGAUGGAGUCAACUGCAUCACGGCGGUGCUGAGCAACAAGUGCGGCUUCCAGCUCCAGUACCAGAUGAUCUUCUGUGUGUGGCUCUUGGCCUUCAGCCCUCAGCUCUGUGAGCAGUUGAGGCGCUACAACGUGGUGCCAGCCCUGUCCGACAUCCUCCAGGAGUCUGUCAAAGAGAAGGUCACGCGAAUCAUUCUGGCUGCCUUCAGGAAUCUCCUGGAGAAGUCGUCGGAGAGGGAGACUCGCCAGGAGUACGCUUUGGCCAUGAUUCAGUGCAAGGUGCUGAAGCAGCUCGAGAACUUGGAGCAGCAGAAGUACGACGACGAGGACAUCACCGAGGACAUCAAGUUCCUCCUCGAGAGGCUGGGAGAGAGUGUGCAGGAUCUCAGCUCCUUCGAUGAAUACAGCUCUGAGCUCAAGUCCGGCCGCCUGGAAUGGAGUCCUGUGCACAAGUCAGAGAAGUUCUGGCGUGAGAACGCCGUCCGCCUGAACGAGAAGAACUACGAGCUCCUCAAGAUUCUGACCAGGCUUCUCGAAGUGUCUGACGAUCCUCAAGUGAUCGCGGUGGCAGCGCACGACAUCGGGGAAUACGUGCGACAUUACCCACGUGGGAAACGGGUGAUUGAGCAGCUGGGUGGAAAACAGCUGGUUAUGAAUCAUAUGCACCACGAGGACCAGCUCGUCCGUUACAACGCCCUGCUGGCCGUGCAGAAGCUGAUGGUGCACAACUGGGAGUACCUGGGAAGACAGCUCCAGUCCACCGAUCAGCAGCAGGCUCCAGCGGUGGCAGCCCGAAGCUGAACAGCUCCUGUGCAUGUGUGUGUUAGCGUAUCAUCGUGUGGAUGAGUGUGAACGUGUGUGCGUACGUCGGUCUGUUUUGGUCCAUUUUAAUAAUCAGCCCUUCACUUCGUGUAAUGACUUGAAACAAACGGUGUGGUUUCCCCCUUCCAGCCGCACCCCAGAUGAUCCUCGGUGUUAUUUGAUUUGACUGUCGUGCUUCGUGUCGUGCCCUCCAAGCUAAGUGACGUGUGGUGAUUGAAGUCGCACUUUAUGUCUGUGAUGAUGUACAAAACUAUAAAAAAAAGAAAAACUUAUUUAAGUCUUACCUGUAAAACGUUGUAACAAUCUCAAUAAAGAUGCUUAUCUGUG